AUGGAUCAAACCAACUCAACUCUUUCUUCAAUUACUUACAAAACUUUCCUCAAAUUCCAAAUACCCAACAAUCUCAAACCUCAAACUCUCAAGUUCCAAAUCAAAAUUUCACACUACCAAUUGAAAGAGGACUUGAUUGAACACAUAUGGUGGGCCAUAAACAGGAACUGGGAUGAGUUCCUUACUGGAGAUGGUCUUAACACCGUAACACGCGCCGUCCUCAGUUCUCAGUGGGUCAUAUCACUGCGAUACUGCCAUUGCCCAUUGCCGGUCUCUAGUAAAGUCAAGAAAUUUUCAAGUUGGUUAGAAUAUUCACCAGAAAAAGAUGCUGCUUAUUGUUUGCCUUGCUACUUGUUUGGUAAACAUUAUGGUGCUCGUAAUGAUGGAAAAAAUGCAUUUUCAGAGUUAGGAUUUAGUAACUGGAAGAAAGUAAAUAACGGGGUAAAUUGUGCAUUUGUAUGUCACGAGGGUUCUAUUCCUAAUUCUCCCCAUAAUUUAUGUGUGAAAUCUUGUGAUGAUUUAAUGGCUCAAUCUAAGCAUAUAGCCAAAGUUCUUGAUAGGCAUAGUGAUGAAACUAUUACAAAUAACCGUUUAAGGUUGAAGACAUCUAUUAAUGCUAUUCGAUGGCUUGCAUUUCAAAAUGUUCAUAAUGUUGUCCUUGAAAAUGCUCUUGGAAAUGCUCAAUAUAUAUCUCCCAGUGCUCAAAAAGAUAUAUUGCAUAUCUUUGCUAGAAAAGUGCGUGCAACAAUUCGAGAAGAAAUUGGUGAUUCUAAAUUUUGUAUAAUUAUUGAUGAAGCAAGAGAUGAGUCAAAGCGAGAACAAAUGUCUGUAGUUUUGAGAUUUGUAGACAAGCACGGUUGUGUUCAAGAAAGAUUUUUUGAUCUUAUACAUGUUUCUGAUACAUGUUCUUUGACAUUAAAAACAGAAAUUUCAUCAGUUCUUUCUCGUCAUAAUCUUGAUGUCCAAAAUCUUAGGGGACAAGGGUACGAUAGAGCUAGUAAUAUGCGUGGUGAAUGGAAUGGAUUGCAAGCUCUAUUUUUGAAAGAUUGCCCUUUUGCUUAUUACAUUCAUUGUCUUGCUCAUCGAUUACAAUUAGCACUUGUUUCUGUAGCCAAAGAAUUAAGGGUUGCUCAAGCAAAUAAUGUUGCAAACUUAAUUACCAAUGAUCAAAUUGUGACAGGUAGUGGACUUAAUCAAAUUGGUACUUUGCAAAGAGCUGGAGAUACUAGAUGGGGGUCUCAUUUGAAUUCUGUACGUAGCUUGUUAUGCAUGUUUGAUGCUACUUGUGAAGUUCUUGAAAAAAAGCACCGAAGAAGAGGCCGAACUCGCAAAAUUGUUGAUCAAAUUUCAGUAGAGCAUCAUUACCAUGUUAAUUUAUUUCUGGCUGUAAUUGAUACACAAUUGCAAGAGCUUAAUGGAAGAUUCAAUGAUAAUAUGAUGGAAUUGCUUACUUUAAGCUCAACUUUAGAUCCCAGAGAUAAUUAUAAGUUCUUCGGUGUCAACAAAUUAUGUCAAGGAUUAACGAAGACAGGAAAGUCUUUAACAUAUCCUUUGAUUGAUCGUUUGAUUCGCUUGGUAUUAACUCUCCCUGUUUCAACUGCUACAACUGAGAGAUCUUUCUCAACUAUGAAUAUUGUGAAGAAUAGAUUCAGAAACAAAAUGGAAGAUGAAUUGCUUGCUAAUUGUCUUUUGAUUUACAUUGAGAAGAAGAUUGCUGAAAGAUUUGACACAGAUUCUAUUAUCGAUGAAUUUUAUGAUACGAAGAAUCGACGUGUACCACUUCGUUAG